AGGAAGUGGCCCCUGGUCUCUCUUUGGGAAGCAAAGUCGUGCGUGGCGGUGGCGUGUCUGUGCGGUUCCGAUUUUAACCGGAGAAUUCGGCGGGAUAAUGGCAGAUACGCUGACACUUUUCACGUCCAUUGGACUCAGCGAGCAGAAAGCGAAAGAAACGCUGAAGAAUGAAUCGCUGAGUUCUUCCCUGAAGGAGGCAAUUACUCAGGCCCAACGUGUCCAUGGGGCCUCAGGAGUGGACAAAGCCAUGGGUACAUUGCUGUACAGUAUGGCAUCUCGCCUUAAAGACACCAAGCGCCUGGCAUUUCUUUCAGAAAGUAUAGCUCAGCGUAAGAUCUGCACAGAACUACAGCUUGCAGCUGCUUUGGACUUUGUGAAGGGUCAUCCACAAGACCCCAUCAACCAGAAGGAGUUUGAUGAAGCAUGUGGAGUGGGUGUAGUCAUAACACCUGAGCAGAUUGAGGAAGCAGUAGAAGCUGUGAUUAAAAAGCACAAGGAUCAACUGCUAAAGGAGAGGUAUCACUUCAACAUGGGACUGCUAAUGGGUGAAGCACGCUCUGCUCUAAAAUGGGCUGAUGGCAAGGUGAUCAAGAAUGAGGUGGACAUGCAGGUUCUGCACCUCCUAGGACCCAAAACAGAGGCUGACCUAGAGAAGAAGCCCAAGGCACAGAAAGCUAAAGUCACAGAGAAUGACGUGAAGGUGAAGAAAGAGGAGGUGGCGGUGAACGGUGACGCAGUCUCUGGGGAGGGCAAGUCACUAAUGGAGCAGCUCAGAGGAGAAGCACUGAAGUUCCAUAAACCAGGAGAAAAUUAUACAACUGAGGGCUACGUGGUCACACCGAAUACAAUGAACUUGCUUAAAAAGCACCUGGAGUUCACAGGUGGACAGAUACGUACCCGUUUUCCUCCUGAGCCCAAUGGUAUCCUUCACAUUGGGCAUGCCAAAGCUAUCAACUUUAAUUUUGGCUAUGCAAAGGCAAAUAAUGGAAUUUGCUUCCUGAGGUAUGAUGACACAAAUCCUGAGAAGGAAGAGGAGAAAUACUUCACUGCCAUCAAGGAUAUGGUGGAGUGGCUGGGCUACAAACCUUAUGCCAUCACACACGCUUCCGACAAUUUUCACCAACUCUAUGACCUUGCUGUGGAUCUUAUUCGCAGGGGUCACGCGUACGUGUGCCAUCAGAAAGGCGAGGAGCUGAAAGGCCAUAAUGUUCCUCAAUCACCGUGGAGAGACCGACCCAUCGAAGAGUCGCUGGUGCUGUUUGAGAGGAUGAAGAAGGGCCUGUUUGCUGAGGGAGAGGCCACCCUCAGGAUGAAGAUGGUCAUGGAGGAUGGAAAGAUGGAUCCAGUGGCAUACCGAAUAAAAUACACACCGCAUCAUCGGACAGGAGAUGAAUGGUGCAUCUACCCUACCUAUGACUACACUCACUGUCUGUGUGACUCCAUUGAACAUAUUUCACACUCACUGUGUACCAAAGAGUUUCAAGCCAGGCGUUCAUCAUAUUACUGGCUGUGUAACGCUCUGGAUCUGUACUGCCCUGUGCAGUGGGAAUAUGGGCGGCUGAACCUCACCUACACUGUUGUGUCCAAGAGGAAAAUCAUCAAACUGGUCGAGACAGGCGUUGUCAGAGACUGGGAUGAUCCCAGACUCUUCACUCUGACUGCACUGAGGAGAAGAGGGUUUCCCCCAGAAGCGAUCAACAACUUCUGUGCACGGGUGGGAGUCACAGUUUCCCAAACAACGACCGAGCCCCACUUACUGGAGGCGUGUGUGAGGGAUGUGCUGAAUGAAACAGCACCUCGAGCCAUGGCUGUGCUAGAACCACUCAAAGUCACCAUAACGAACCUUCCUGAGAACUUCAAGACAGAUGUACGAGUCCCGGACUUUCCUGCCGACGAAGCCAAGGGCAGCCACACGGUUCCUUUCAUGCGCACAGUCUUCAUUGAACAAAGUGACUUCAGAGAGGUCAUGGAAAAGGGCUACAAGCGCCUGACUCCAGAACAACCUGUAGGCCUGAGGCAUGCUGGGUAUGUCAUCUCUGUCCAGAAAGUCAUCAAGGACACUCAGGGUAAAGUGGUGGAACUGGAGGUGACCUGCUGCAGUUCUGAGACCGCAGAGAAACCAAAGGCCUUUAUCCACUGGGUCAGUGAGCCACUGGUGUGUGAAGUGCGCCUCUAUGAAAGACUCUUCUUGCACAAACAUCCAGAAGAUCCAUCUGAAGUGCCUAAUGGCUUCCUGAGUGACAUCAACUCUAAUUCCCUGCAAGUGAUCAGUAGUGCCUUAGUGGACACCUCAGUCAAGGGAGCAAAGGUUUUUGACAAAUUCCAGUUUGAAAGAGUCGGCUACUUCUCUGUGGACCCAGACAGCACUGCAGAUAAGCUCAUCUUUAACAGAACAGUUACCCUGAAAGAAGACCCUGGGAAGAUCUGAUUGAUUUGAGAUUAAGCCACUCUUCCUGCUUUAGAGAUGCAUGUUCAAAUUUGCUUGCAUUUCAUCACUGUGUAAUAUCAGCAAAGGCACAGACUGCUCUGGCUGAGACUGAGUCGGAUGAGAUACUAGAAUAUUUUUUUCAGGGAUUUGUCACUCAGAAACAAAACAAAAUUAUAUUCCUCAGCUGUGAAAUAUUCAUCACAAAAGCGCUGCAGCAUCACUUUGACCUUGCUCAUUUGCUAGGUAAUCAUUAAGUCUUUCUUUUUCUAUACUAUCCACAAUAGUAUUCACUUACAGUGUUUUCUCUUCUUUGUUGAAUAGAUGAAGCUUUCAUCAUUGUUCAACAAGGGCUGUUUGUGUAUAUUAUGUGAAGCUGGUGUUACACAAAUGUGAUGCUCUCAAAUGCCACAAAUGACUUUUUUUUUAAUAUAUAUACAGAGGUGGGGUGACUGCCAAAGCAUCAUGUUUUUUAAAACUAAGCAGAUUGAACAUGUGUCCUUUUGACUGGAGCAAAGAAUAAAUAAUUCUACAAAC